AUGGCCAAGAUCUCCCGUGGUGCCCCUGGUGGCAAGCUCAAGAUGACCCUGGGUCUCCCUGUCGGAGCUGUGAUGAACUGCGCCGACAACUCAGGCGCCCGAAACCUCUACAUCAUCGCCGUCAAGGGUAUCGGCGCCCGCCUGAACCGAUUGCCCGCCGGUGGUGUCGGUGACAUGGUCAUGGCCACCGUCAAGAAGGGAAAGCCUGAGCUCCGAAAGAAGGUCCACCCCGCCGUCAUCGUCCGACAGUCCAAGCCCUGGAAGCGAUUCGACGGUGUCUUCCUGUACUUUGAGGACAACGCUGGUGUUAUCGUCAACCCCAAGGGUGAGAUGAAGGGCUCUGCCAUCACUGGCCCCGUCGGUAAGGAGGCUGCUGAGCUGUGGCCCCGUAUUGCCAGCAACUCCGGUGUCGUCAUGUAA